GUUAUAGAAAGAGGGCAAAGUGAUUGAGUCAAACUGUCAAGCCAACAGCGCUGCAGUAAAAACAAUCCUUUCUUUAUAACUCUCUCUCUGUUUUCUUCAAUCCACCUUCCAAACCAAACCUCUUUCGUCUCUGCGCUGGUCGUCUUUCCUACCGCUUGGUAUUUUACAGGGCACCUCUAACUGGGGGUAGCUUGUUUGCUGAUUUUGAUGGUUUGAAGAGAGGCAUGAGGACGUCUUUCUUGACUUUGGAUACUUAGUUGAAGAAUCGUGUUGGUAUUUGUUGGGUACCCUUGACGUUGUUGUCUACUAAUUUCUUGUGUUUUGUUUGGAGCUUGCCCACUUGGUUGAGGAAUAUACGAAGAUUAUCUUUUCCCAAAUUGCUUUUCUUUAGAUGCUUGAAAAUUCUGAGUUUGGACUGCCUUCUGUGUGGUCAAAACCAGAUGCUUGUUAAAGAUGAAACUAGUUGGAGAAAGAAAUAGAUAGUUUGUGUCUCUUUUUUUUUUGGGAAGCUCAAAAGAAUUUAUUCAAGAUAAGGACUUUUUUAGACUAGUUUUUGGUAGGUAUCAUUUAAAUGAGUCCAAUGCACAAUACUGUCCAUUACUGCUGCGUAGCAAAGGGUAAUCGCACCUUGUAUGUGUAUAGUGGGGCAGACAUUGAGAUUGAGAAUGUGGCAGCGCUGUGCUUGGAAAGGCCUCCCUCAUAUCACAAGUGGUAUUUUGAGACGAUUGCUAAAAAAACUUUUGGAUUUUUUAUAGAAGAUGGUUUUGUUUAUUUUACGAUUGUUGACGAGGGUCUUGGAAACCCAGGUGUACUUCAAUUUUUAGAGCAUGUAAGAGAUGAAUUCAAGAAGGUAGCUAGAAAGGGUUCUAGAGGAAGUUUUUCCGGUAUGAACUCGAUCAAUAUACAAGAACAACUAGUGCCUGUUAUUCAUCGCUUGAUAACUUCUUUAGAGCAUGUCUCUAGCAAUGGUUGGGCUGGUGAGAGUUCCUCAUCUGAUAACUUAGGCCUCUCUCCAUCACCUGUUAAUGCAAAUGGACAAAUUGAAGUUGUCAGUUCUACCAAAGCCCCUUUGUUAGGUAAAUCAAACAAGCAAGACAAAAGGAAGUCAAAGGAUCAUGUUAUUACAAUAAGAGAUAUUGAGUUAGAAGAGCAUAGAAAAUCUACCGAUAGAGGGGCUAAGCUCGAUUCAACUACAUUGGAUUCCAAUAAUCAAGCUGGAGUAGGUUCUUCAAUAUCCCUACAAAAGGAUUUGGGUUCAAUGAGGAUUAGAACAAGCUCUCAAAGUAUUCGAAAGAAGUGGUGGCGCCAAGUAAGGAUUGUUCUAGCUAUUGAUGUGGCCAUUUGUUUGAUUCUAUUUGUAAUUUGGCUAUCAAUCUGUGGUGGUUUCGGGUGUACUCAUUGAUCUCAAAUUUGAAAAAGAAAUUCACCUAUAGUUAGAAGUAAAAGGACCAGUUUGUUUGGAGUGGUUCACAUGGAUGAACGCAACACAUCAGAUAUUGUGAGCUGAUAUUAAAUAGUGGAGGUAUGUGCUGGAAAUUACACCGUGGAAUCACGUAAGUUUAUUAAAUUCUGUGUACAGUAUCAUACCUGGAAUGUAUAUGCACAUGCUUGUCAUUUGUCUACUAUGGCUUGUGUUAUUGUUUUGUUUAUAAUUAUACAUUAUGGAUUAUGAGUUGUGAUGUAAUCUUAAAAUCUGUAUUCCAUCCUUUUUUAUGCUCUUUCUUAUAUAUAUUCUUAGUUGAAUCUCCA